CAUCAAAUUGGAAAAUGAUGGUUCCAUUACUCUCUAUUGCUUCUCUUUUGAUCUUCCUCUGCCUCUUCUCAUUAGCUCCAGUUCAUGAAGCUCUUAGGCAGGGAGACCAGCUUAGAAGCUUGAUCAAAUGGCAGAGCUUGUCAAAGAAGACUUUCUUUGCUGGGCCGGAGUUCGCCGGUAAUGGCUUGCCGGCGAAGAUUUUCAUCGGCCGGCAUGAAGGGAAGAUGGAGGCUGACAGAAUUGAAAAGCUUCCAGGGCAGCCAGUGGGAGUUGAUUUUGAUCAAUAUUCAGGUUAUGUGACAGUUGAUCCAAAGGCAGGCAGGGAACUGUUCUACUACUUUGUUGAAUCAGCUCAUGAUAGGGAUAAAAAACCACUUAUUUUGUGGUUAAAUGGAGGACCAGGAUGCUCUUCAUUGGGCUUUGGAGCCAUGGAGGAAUUAGGACCCUUCCGAGUAGGAAGUGAUGGAAAAACGCUUUUCAUAAACUACUAUUCAUGGAACAAAGUGGCAAAUGUUCUAUUCUUGGAAUCUCCAGCUGGGGUUGGCUUCUCAUAUUCAAACAAAUCAUCAGAUUAUGAUGAAAAUGGAGAUAGAAGAACUGCUGAUGACUCCUAUAUUUUUCUCAUAAAUUGGUUGGAAAGAUUUCCACAUUACAAGAACGUUGAGCUUUUCAUCGCAGGAGAGAGCUAUGCUGGCCAUUAUGUCCCUCAACUUGCUUAUACCAUUAUGCAGAACAACAAAAUAUCCAACAGAACAAACAUCAAACUUCGCGGCAUAGCGGUUGGUAACCCUUACGUAUACGAAGAUAUAGGUGAUAAAGCAGAAAUUGACUUCUUAUGGGGCCAUUCAAUGAUAUCUGAUGAAACUUAUACUAAGAUUCUGACAAAUUGCAACUUCUCUAAUCCAAAUCAAUCCACCGAAUGCACAGACGCCAUUGAUUCAGCUUCUUCUGAGACUGGAGAUAUUGAUGACUACAACAUAUAUGCUCCUAUUUGCCCCACUGAUUUUCAGCUCAAUUUGGACACAACGAUGGAUGGUUUGGGAGGAGAUUUUGAUCCAUGCACAGACAACUAUGUUAGUUCUUACCUGAACAAUCCUGCAGUCCAGAAAGCUCUUCAUGCGAAAGCUGGAAAAUGGAGUGGUUGCAGUCUUUUACAUUGGGGAGAUGGGCCUGCUACCAUGCUUUCUACUUUUAAGGACUUGAUUUCGAGCGGCUUAUAUAUUUGGUUGUACAGUGGUGAUGUUGAUUCUGUUGUUCCUAUUACCAACACGAAGAACUUCAUUAAAAUGCUUAAACUCCCUAUCCUGAAACCAUGGAGGGCAUGGUAUCUUAACAAAGAAGUUGGAGGCUAUGUUGUGCAAUAUGAAGGACUGACUUUUGUGACAGUAAGAGGGGCAGGACAUGAAGUUCCUAGUUACCAGCCCAAAAGAGCUUUGGAAAUGAUCUCUUCUUUCCUCCUAGGAAAACUUCCACCUUCACUAGAAGCAAAAUGAACAGUUUGUUUAAUAAUUUAAAAGGUUAUGUUAAUGAUAUGAUUAACUGGUUAGCUCAUUAUGCUAUUGUUCAUGGUGAAAUAUAAUUAUCUUCUCUAAUUUUAAUUCA